CCAGAUGGAUAAACAAAAUAAAUAAGUAUAGUAAGGCAGGACAGCCCUGCUGGGUAUCACAGCUUAGCUCGGGGAGGAUCCAUUUUUCUCUCAGCUGUGACACCAGCAACAAGAAGUAUGGUCAUCCUCAGAAGCGUCUGUCAGUGCUCGCCUCUCUGCAGCUCGGUGAUGCUGCUGUGUCUGCUGUGCAGUCGGAGCUCAGCCAGCAGCCAGUCUGUGAAGACUGGCUUUAUCCGGGAUGAGGUCCUCCUGCCCUGUGUCUACUCUGAAAAGCUGUCCGAGCCGGUCACCGCCUUCUGGAGGGACAAGGAUGACAAAGUUGUGUUGGAUAUCAUCAACAGCAGAGAGGAUAAAAUAGAUGCGAAGUUCACAGGUCGAGUGUUGAGCUUCCCAGACUAUUACAAGAAUGGAAACCUUUCCAUCCUCAUAAAGGACCUGAGGGCGGAUGACGCCGGCCUGUACGAGUGCUACAUCCCCAAAGUGGACUAUCAGGCCAAGAUGACUCUGAAUGUCACAGAGAAACCCACAUCACAUGGUGCAACAGUAACCUCCUCCAGCCACCACCUGGUUCUCCUCUCUGCUCCUCUGUUUGUGCUUUUCUGCUCUUUAAAGUAAAUGCCAGGGCUGGACUGGUAAUCUGGCAUACUGGAGUUUUUCCCAGUGGGCCAACACACUUUUGGGCCAAUGGGCCGGCUUGAAGUGCUGCUACACACCCACAGUACAAGGACGGACAACAGCCCAUUUCUUCAUUUUCAGCACAUCUUUUAAUGUAACCGGCUCCUUCCCUACCUUCACUGUGCGCUCACUCAGCUAGAAAAAAAUUAGUGUGGAAGAAGAGACUAAAAUUGGAGCUGAGAAGCUGAGAGAAAACAAUUAAAAAAAGAACUAAAAAUAAAUGCAGCAAAUGUCAAAGUAACGAACACGUUAGCUGUCGGUGCUGCUGCACCGUGAACAGCAGUACCAGCAACCAGAGGUGGGACGUAACGAAGUAUAAUUACUUUGUUACUGUACUUAGGUAGAGUUUUUAGGUAUCUGUGCUUUACAUGAACAUUUAUUUUUCGAACCUUUGACUUUUACUUUCUAAAUUUUUAAACAAAUAUCUGUACUUUCUACUCCUUACAUUUUUAAAAUAGACUCCUUACUUUUGUUUCAACAGUAUCAUCAAUAGGUGUAUACUCAGGGGUUAAAGUGGGCCGGAAACAGUGCAGGUGUCCCAAAGUUGUAGUUAGCAUCUAAUGCUACAGAAUAGGAAUAAUCAUAAAGGGAGUAACGUUUCUCCACAAUUUAACAUUUCUACAGUGUUUCUAUCAGGUUAACAAACAUCAGCAAACACACAAAUUGUUUGUUUUCAAUUUGUCUCACAGUGUGUUGUUAGCUAAAGGUCCAGCUGCUGUAUUUCACAGGGCGAGAAAAGAAUGCGCUAACGUCAGUUUUAAACCUUGUGAUCCACAAAACAGCAUAACUGACUGCGUUACAGUCAGUGCGCGAGCAGCGGCUUCGCUCAUGCGCGAUUAAUUUGCAGUUUGGACGCAUAGGUGUGAACAUCUCCUGCCCUGAUAGCAGCUGGGGGAGGACUAUCCUCCGCCUGUGAGUGCUUUGGCACGGGUGAGGUGCCCACGGUUGGCAGCACCGCUGCUUGUUGAGAGUAACAGCGAUACGCGUUUUCACGUCAAAGAGUCGUCAUAAAUAAGACUCCAAUAAUACCAGAAAAAGUCGCUAGAUUUGUCGCUAGUCGCUUUUUAGAAAAAAAAGUUGCUAAGGGGGUCUGAAAACUCGCUAAAUAUAGC